AAACCAUCUGUGGAAUUCCUCCUUACAGAGCUGCAAUGUCCCCAGUAUGGAAAUCACAUUCCAUCGGUUUAUUGGGUGGACAUCUCUUCUUCUCGUUGUAAUUUGUCGAACUGUUCUUUGUAAAUAUGUUGACAUAGUUGUAGACGUCCAAACACCCUUGAGGAAUUUAAACCAUUUCUGGGAGAGCACUGGUUUCUGCCCCCCUCUUCCUCACACCAAGGCAGAUGAAUAUGACCUGAGUAGGGACCAGGAGUUAAAUCUGGCCUACAUUGGCUCAGUACCUCACCAUGGGAUUCAGCAGGUGCGCAUCCAUUGGCUGCUCGAGCUCGUCACAGCACAGGUAGUCAAUGGAAAGGUAUCAUACAAUUUCACCAGUCUGGACAAGAUGGUGGACCAGCUGUGGCGGAAUGGGCUCAGACCAGGAUUUGAGUUGAUGGGAAGUGUGUCUAACUUCUUUGAUGACUUUGAGGACAAAAAACAAGUAGUGGAGUGGCGAAACCUGGUCCAUCGCAUAGCAAAGCGGUACAUUGGGAAGUAUGGCCUGGGAUAUGUCUCUCAGUGGAAUUUUGAGACAUGGAAUGAACCAAACAAUCAUGACUUUGACAACGUCACAGUUUCCAUUCAAGGGUUUCUGAAUUAUUAUGACGCCUGCUCCGAGGGCCUGCGUGCGGCCAGCCCCAAGUUGAGGUUCGGGGGUCCUGGGGACUCCUGCCACUCCCCUCCCCACUCCCCCUUCUGCUGGGCCAUGCUGCAGCACUGCUACAAUGGGACCAACUACUUCACCGGAGAGACUGGAGUCCGCCUGGACUACAUUGCCCUGCAUAAAAAGGGAGGUGGCCAUUCUUUACCCAUACUGCAGCAGGAGAUUGACUCUAUGAAGGAGCUCCUGGGCCGUUUCCCAGCCUUCCGGUCCAAGCCCGUAUACAACGACGAGGCUGAUCCCCUCGUGGGCUGGUCCAAGCCACAGUCAUGGAGGGCAGAUGCCACCUAUGCUGCGAUGGUGGUCAAGGUGAUCCACCAGCACCAGGACCUGCUCAUAGCCGACCCUGACAACAGCAUCAACUACACGUUGCUGAGCAACGACAACGCCUUCCUUAGUUACCAUCCCUACCCCUUCACCCAGCGCACGCUCACCGUACGCUUCCAGGUCAACAACACCAGUCCACCUCACGUGCAGUUACUAAGGAAACCUGUUUUGACUGUAAUGGGGUUACUGGCCUUACUAGGAGAGGCGCAAGUACUAGCUCAGAAUCAAGUACUGGAUUCUUCUGACAAUAACACGGUGGGAGUCUUGGCGAGCGCCCAUUCCCCCUCGCUGCCUGGGAGCUCCGAUAGCUGGCAGUGCACUGUAGUUAUCUACAACAGCAAUGACAACAGCACGUCCUCCAGUGUGGAUCAUGUCCAAGUCCAGAUCAAAAAUAUUCCUCCUACUCAGCCAGAGCUGAUGUAUGUGACGUACUACCUGGACAACAACGUCACAAAUCCCUAUGCCCUGUGGCUGCAGAUGGGCAGCCCUGACUUCCCCACUGUGGAGCAGUUCAGGCAGCUGAGGAAACUGGAGGAUCCAGUAAGGGAAGGGCCUCUGCCUCUGCCCAGGGCGGGAGGCCUCACUCUCAGGGCCAACCUGCCUGUCCCCUCGGUCCUCCUCAUCCACCUUUGUGCCAAACCCAGUGCUGCACCAGGCCAGGUAAAUGGCUUGCGAUUCAUACCCAUCACAAAAGGCCAAGUACUGAUCGUGUGGAAAGAUCACUGCAUCAAUUCAAAAUGCAUCAAAUGCUACGAGAUCGAGUUCUCCAGGGACCAAAGCAAAUUCCAAAGAAUAAAUCUUUCCAACACCAUCUUCACUUCAUAUGCACAUUCUCCAGAAAACAUGCAGGUGUCUGGCUUCUACCGUGUCCGGGCUGUGGACUACUGGGAUAGAUCAGGUGAAUUUUCAUUGGCUGAGAAAUACACAGAGGAAAAUGAAUGUAAUCUCACCAAUUGCAACUAGGGAAUCAUUGCUGCCAUCUGCUACAAAGUACUGUAAUUAUGACUCGAAUCUUUUUCACCAGCUUCUGUGAGCAUUUGCACAUUUUCUAAAAAGGGAAUUGUUUUCAACUUUUUGUAAUUUGAUUUUAAGCCAUGGCAUUUUAAUAAUAAAAGGCUGAGCCUUGUU